GAUGAUGAUUAUGUUCAACAAACUAAUUUAAAGAAAUAUUAUAAUCGUAUACAACAAAGAAAAUAUCAAAAGCAACAAAAAUUAUAUACUUCUUCUUUAGAAAAGGAAGUAAAGGAAUUACGAGAAGAAUUGGAAAAAUAUAAAGAUGUAAUUGAAGAUAAUAUCAUUGAAGAAAGUAAAAAUUUUGAAAAAAAA